CUCAAGUGCCACCGUGAACUCUAUAAAACACGUCAAUUUCGUAAACGAUAUCCGCAGUGCGAAAUCGCAAAAAUUAUAUUACAUCAAACUGUGGAAAUACGCAAAAAUGUUCUCAAUCAAUUCAUAUUUCUUCGUGCUCGUCGUGUUCAUGCUAGUCCAAUCGCUAGUAUUAUACCUAAAUACUCGAAGAGUGGAAAACCCGCUAAUACAGAAUUGCUACAAAAAAUCAACGAUCUCGACCGCAAUAUAAGCCUAAUGUGCUACGAAGUUCGCGACAUCAAAAAUGGUGUUGGCAGUCGCGACAGUAAUUCUGGCUCUCGACGGUCCGGGUCUAAUAGAACACCUCAAGAUUAUACCGGCGAUAUUCAAACUCUAUGGCAAGAUUUCGAUCGCCUAUUCAAAGACAAACGUCGACUAGAGAAACGAACCGAAUCAUCAAUGUAUUCCAAAAUUUCAGAAGAAAUAAGGGAGCUGGGCCAGCGUCUUGGAGAUGCGACUAUCCGGAAAUUUCACAAACGUUUAACCCGUAAUCUCGCGGAUAAAACCAUAGAAUUUAUUAGGCUAUGGGUUGAUAAUGAACGAGAAUUUAUAAGUAUAACAUUAUAG